GAACCGCCAUUUAUUUGUGUUCGUCUGCGUCCAGUGUUGUUAAACUAAACCCAGCUUUCAGUGGCUGCCUGGACAUGGAGGGAGACAAAUGCGCGUCCGAGCAGUCGUUCGCCUUCAGUCCUCUCCCGGGCAGGACGCCGUCCUUCCUCCAGGACAGGGACACCUUGGCGCUGUUAAUGAAAUGGUCCAUGCUGGGGAGGCUUUCGUGUCGGUCCUACAGUUUUGACCACAACUUCCACCCUUACAACGCCGAACAGUUUGCACUGUGCUUCUUUAGAGACCCAGAAGUGGUUUCCAGUCUGAGAGACGUGGACUCUGGACUGUGGGUCCCUCUCGACAGGCCGGUGGUGUCCGUCGGCGUGGAGCCCGUCCCCUGCACCCAGGUUUCCAUGGAGAUGUUUGACCCCAUCUACUCUUGUGGCGUCCUGAGGCCCUCGGGGCACGUGGUCAAAUGCCUUCACGACGUGCACCCCGACUACGAUGAACUCCGACGGAUGCUACAGGAGGAGGACUCUGAGCAUUACCAUGUGGUGGGCAGAGAGGCGCGGGGGGAGUUUCUGUUUCGCCUUUUCCAGCACCUAUGCCUGGGGGGGGAGCUCUGCCAGUACGAGGACACCGUGGAUCCUUACAUCCGAGCCACCAGGCAGAUCUACAAAGACCUGAUCAGUGUGCAGAAGGAUCCAGAGACGAAGAGGAUCAGUGUUGUUUCCACCGUGAUCAAAGUGUCGGCCUGUGAUGAGACGGGGCAUCGUUACCCCGGGACUCAGGAGGAGGAGCAGACCUUUGCCUAUUUGAUCGUCGACCCCUUCAAACGACACGUGACCAUAUUCUACCACUUCUACGGCGUGGGACGCUUCACAUUGUGACGGUGAAAAGCAGCAGAGCUCCAUGUUGAAUUGACACUGCAGGAACUUUUCUGAUGGCUUUCAUCCUUAAAUAAGUCAGAUCAAAUCAGUCAAAUGUCGUCAGCAGCUGAGAGCUGUGCAGUUUUUUACUGUUCAGUCAGGUUUUGAGAGUAAAUUAGAAUAAAGUUUUGCUCCAUUAGAGGGAUUUUUUUAGAUGGUUUCAAGUUGUUUCACAUCAUUUAUUUUUGGAAAUAGAGAACUAUAAUGUAAUGUGGAAUAAUUAAACAAAAAACAGAGCAACAUACAGUCCAGAG